AUGGAACAACACCACCUUCUACUGCUGAAGCAGUUCAUCACUGCAGUGAAGGCCAAUCCGGAACUGCUCCAUGAACCAUCGUUGGACUUCUUUCGCGACUUCCUUGUAGAAUUGGGUGCUACCAUACCGCCUAAGAAGUCGCAUGAGAAGGCGCAUGCUGAAGCAGGACAUAAAACUGAGACGAAAGAACCGGAGCCGGAACCUAUGGAGGUAUGUCGUGUUUGA